AUGAGCGACUGGAUCUCCGUAACGAAUACGCCGAAGAGGAAGGACCAGGCCGAGGAGGCAGACCAGCAAGCGCCGCUCUCCAAAGCGCAGCAGAAGAACAAGAAGCGCGCGGAGAAGCGGCGCGAGCGCGUCGAGGUGCUCAAGGGCCUGGCCUGGAACGAGGACGACGAGGCGCUCGCCGCCGCCGCGCAGCACGAGCUGCUCCAGCGGACGAAGCCGCCGGACGCCAGGGGCCUCGCGCCGCGGCGCGAGCGGCGGUCGAACAGCAGCGGGAACCUCGCCGACGAGGACGACGACGACGAGGCCCCGCCUGUCGCCGAGGUCGAGGUGGACGUCGCGGAGCUGCACAAAAACCUCCGGAAGGCGACGAAAGCCUUGCGGCGGGCGGACGACGCGGCCGCCAAGGUCGCGGCGGGCAACGCGGACAAGGACCUCGUCGCCAAGGCCGGGCGGCGCGCCGCCCUGGAGGCGGACGAGAAGGCGGCGCGGCGGGCGGUCGAGGACGCGGACGCGAAACGCGCGGCGCGCGACGCGGCGCGGCGCGCGGAGCUCUCGCUCCUGUCGCGGCGGCGCGCGGAGACGGGCGCGAAGAUGCUCGCCGUCGCCUUCGACGACAGGUUCGCCUGCCCCAUCUGCACGGAGGUGCUCGAGGCCGCCGUCGACACGGGCGGCGCGUGCGGCCACGUCUUCUGUCGGGGGUGCCUCGAGGACCACGUCGCCAAGGCCGCGGGCCCGGCGGACUGCGUCUGCCCGAUGUGCCGGGCGCCCCUCGUCGACGCCAAAACGGGCAGGGUCGAGGCCGCGGCCGCGGGCCUCGUCCGCGCGAACCUGAAGCACAAGCGCGCGACGUGCCACUGCGGCGCGACCGUGGCCCUCAGCGGCCUCCGCGAGCACCUCCGGUCCUGCGGGCCCGACGCGCACAUGUACCCGCCGCGCCGCAAGUUCGGCCACGUCUUCAAGCAGCCCGCCUUCGUCGACAGGAAGAAGGACGCGCCGCGCGCCUUCGCGGUGACGGCCGCGGAGGAGAACGCCAUGCUCCAGGCCGCCAUCGCCGCGUCCCUCGCCGAGUCGCGGCGUCGAUACGCGCUGCGCACCAUGACUGACUCGCCUUUACGCGAGAGCAAGACGUGGGAGCCGAACUCGAGCGAGCGCUGGAGCGACUCGACGCCCACGCUCCCGUCCCCGCUGCGCCGCGUCAACUCGCAGUCCAUGGACGGCGACGCGAGCCUCGACGCCCACACCCUGGGCCAGUUCGGCGUGCUGCGCGCGGGCUACCUCCACACGGGCGCGAGCCGCUGGGAGCGCACGGACGCGGCGCUCGGCGGCUCGCAGAAGCUGCGGUUCGUCGUGCUCACGCGCCAGGCCGUGACGUGGUUCAAGCGGUCGGCGACGGACGUGCUCUUCGGCGACGAGCGCGGGACGCUGCCCCUGGGCGAGAUCGCGCGCGUCGCCGCGGGCGACGCGGACCCGCGGCGCGUCGAGCUCUACGGCCACCGGGGCGAGCUCCGGCGCUGGUUCUUAUGCAAGGCCGGCGACGACACGUCCGAGGCCUGGCGCGGUGCCAUCGAGGCCGCGCGGCGCGACGCCGUCGAGGGCGCCGUGGACUUCCGCGGGCCCGCGCCGUCGCCGUCGCACCGCGCGGCGUCGCCGACCGUCGUCUCGCUUGUGAAGUCCGUCGCCGGCGGCGAUGCGAACCUCAUCAGCCGCCGCGUCCAGGAAAACGAGGAGAUCCGCGUCGGCGAGGUGAAAACGGACGAGACGCUGACGCUCGUCUGCGGCGACGGCGACCUCGACAUCGACCCGGCCGUGCUCGCGGAGGCGCUCGACGUCGGCGAGGCGUUCGUCGAGGCGCUGCUGGGCCCCGCGGCCAAGCCCGUGCGCGUCAAGGUGCGCGCCGACGAGGACGACGACGACGACGCGGUCGUGGCGUCGGCGGCGUCCCCGACGGCACCCGCGCCGCCGCCGCCGCGGCGCGACUUCGCGGCCGCGCUCGCGGUUGUGGUCGCCUUACUCGGGGCGCUCUGGGCCGCCUUCGACGCCCUCGUGCGCUUCGACGUCGACGGCACGCGGCGCCGGGGCCCCGAUGCCCUGGCGCGCUGCGCGGCGGCCCUCGCCGGCGCCGCGGCGGGCCCCGCGGCCGCGCGCGACGCGCGCGACGUCUUCGCGUUCGCCGUGUUGUUGGUCGCCGUCGCGCCCGCGGUCCGCGCCCAGGCCCGGCGCCUGCGGGCCGCGGCGCGCGCCCUCGGCGACGACGGCGACGGGACCCUGGCGCGCCACGACACGCCGCGCGCGCGGCGCCUCUCCGUGACGCUCGUCUCGGACGACGCCGGCAAGCCCGGCCCCGCCAAGCCCAAGCCCCGCGCGGCGCCGCGCAAGGUCGACCCGGGCGACGCCCGGGCCGUGCGCGACGCGUCGGCGCGCACGGGCGCGCCGGGCAAGUUCAUCGUCGGCACGGGCGGCGACGUCCGCGAGGCGUCGCGGCGCUGGGCGGAGACGUCGCGGUGGCGGAGGGAGCGCGACGUCGACGCGGUCAUGGGCGAGGCCCACCCCAAGUUCGCCGCCAUCAAGCGCCACUACCCCCACUACUGGUGCGGCCGGGGCCGCCGGGGCGAGCUCAUCUACGUCGAGCGCGUCGGCCACGUCGACGCCGCGGGCUUGAAGCGCGACGGCGUGACCAUCGACCACCUCGUGCGCCACUACAUCCUGCUCCACGAGUUCACCUGGUCCGUCCUCGCGCCGGCGCCCGACGGGCCGACGUCCUACCAGUGCGUCGUCCUCGACGUCGACGGCGUCCAGCUCAGCCAGUGCCGCGGCAUCCGCUUCGACUACGUGCGCCGCUGCGCGGCCAUAGCCAAGGAGCACUACCCGGAGCGCUGCUCCCGCAUGGUCAUCGCGAACGCGCCCCAGUGGUUCUCCGUCGUCUGGAAGAUGGUGAGCCCCCUCGUGGACCCGAACACGAAGAAGAAGAUCCGCAUCACGCGGCCGGGCCUCGAGACGCUCGCCGCGCUCCGCGAGGUCGCCGACGACGACCAGAUCCCCGAGAUCUACGGCGGCAAGCUCCGCGACGCCCACGCCAGCGACCUCGAGCGCCAGCUCCUGGCGAAGCUCGGGAAGGCCUAA